UGAUAGAAGGAGCAGGCCUUACAACAAAAUUACUGUCGGCUAGGAUGUCAUGUACUUGUUAGUCUGCUUUGCCCGGUCUUUUCGAUCACGACGUGCUCCCGAAAGGUUAUUUGCAAACAUUCCCACUCAAGGAUGUCAGGAGAAAACAAAGUUCUGAGGGAAGGAAUGCUGGUGGGUUUGUGUAAUCCGCUUUUGGAUAUCUCAGCAGCUACAGAUGUGGCAUUCCUGGAAAAGUACGACUUACAGUUAAAUAAUGCUAUUCUAGCCGAAGAGAAGCACAAGCCUCUCUAUAAAGAAUUGGUGUCUCAGUAUAAAGUAGAUUAUAUUGCUGGUGGGUCAGGACAAAAUGCUCUCCGUGUUGCACAGAGAGUACUGGAGAAGCCAAAUACUACAGUAUUUAUGGGCUGUGUUGGCAAGGAUGAGUAUAGCGAAAUUCUGCAAACUAAAGCAAGGGGUGAAGGUGUUAAUGUAAGGUAUCAAUAUACAGAUACUGAAUCCACAGGAACAUGUGCUGUUCUUUUAACAAACAAUGGGGCAAAUCGUUCGCUGUGUGCCAACCUUGCCGCAGCUAAUCUUUUUACAAAGCAUCACGUCGAAAUACCUGAAAACAGAAAAUUCAUCGACGAAGCAGAUUUUUUCUAUAUCACAGGUUUUUUUCUUACCGUCAAUCCAGACACAAUUAUGGAAGUUGCGCUGCAUGCCAACGCCGAAAACAAGAUUUUAAUGAUGAACUUGAGCGCUCCAUUUUUGUCACAGUUCUUUAAAGACCCUAUGAUGCAAGCUUUUUCAUAUAUUGAUAUUCUCUUCGGAAAUGAAACUGAAGCCGAAACUUUCGCCAAGGAACAAAAUUUUCCAGUUACCAAUGACAUGUCUGAAAUAGCGUUGAGUAUUGCAGCCCUCCCCAAGGAAAACCAUAAGAGAAAACGCAUCGUGAUUAUAACCCAGGGCAAGGAUGAUGUUAUCAUCGCUCAAGACGGUAAAAUUACGCGAAUCGCUGCCAUAAGUGUUCCCGACGAAAAGAUCGUGGACACAAAUGGAGCCGGUGAUGCCUUUGUUGGUGGAUUUAUUUCUCAGCUACUUCAAGGUCGCCCCAUUGAUGCUUGUGUUCGUUGCGGUGUUUGGGCGGCGACCCAAAUUAUCCAGCAAGAUGGUUGCACUUUUCCCACGGAUUUGCAAAUUCCUGAAGAGUUUCGGGCGGUUUAAAAUUGCUCAGCUUUGGUGUCCGACACGAUUUCGGGUUUAAGCACGAUUUUGCUUUACACCAAAAGAAAUAAUAAGAGCUGCUACACUUCCGUAGGUACAUGUUUGCUUUGCUUUUAUUUUCGGAGUAAUGUGUUCACGGACUGUUUUUUCUCGGGCAAGUUAUUAAUAAAAGUACGAGCAUUAACAAGAA